CCGUGCAGCAAGCAGUAGGUAAUGAGUCUUUGUGCAGAGUGAAGCUCUUGCCGUUGAACAAUAAAGCAUACCGUACAGCAAUAAAACACAGGGCUGGCAAAUUUAAGAAGAUUCCGCUGAACCAGGAAGAACAGUGCCUUUAGUGAUGCCGACAUAUUAUAGGAUGAUAAUCAAUUUACUUUGGAUUCUAAUGAAUGCAGAGUGCAAGAUCUAAGACUACAGCUAUUUUGAACAGGUACAUGUGACAGUGCUGCAGCUAUGAGUGGAAUUUUAAAGAGGAAGUUUGAAGAAGUUGACGGCUCUUCACCCUGCUCCUCUGUGAGAGAAUCGGAUGAUGAAGUUUCCAGCAGUGAAAGUGCUGACAGUGGGGACAGUGUCAAUCCAUCCACUUCAAAUCAUUUUCCCCCUUCCUCCAUCCUCAAAAGGGAGAAGCGACUGAGGACAAAGAAUGUGCAUUUUAGUUGUGUCACAGUGUACUACUUCACCCGGAGGCAAGGCUUCACAAGUGUGCCCAGUCAAGGGGGCAGCACUCUGGGCAUGUCCAGCCGACAUAACAGUGUGCGCCAGUACACUCUGGGGGAAUUUGCAAGAGAGCAGGAGCGGCUCCACCGAGAAAUGUUGAGAGAACACCUCAGAGAGGAAAAGCUAAACUCUUUAAAACUAAAGAUGACUAAAAAUGGCACAGUGGAAUCUGAAGAAGCUAGCACUCUUACUGUGGAUGACAUUUCUGAUGAUGACAUUGAUUUAGACAACACAGAGGUGGAUGAAUACUUCUUUCUACAGCCCCUGCCAACAAAAAAACGGAGAGCACUGCUGCGGGCUUCUGGAGUAAAAAAGAUUGACGUGGAAGAGAAGCAUGAGCUCCGAGCCAUCCGCCUGUCAAGAGAAGACUGUGGCUGUGACUGCCGUGUGUUCUGUGAUCCAGAGACAUGUACCUGCAGCCUGGCAGGCAUUAAGUGUCAGGUGGAUCGAAUGUCUUUCCCAUGUGGCUGCACUAAAGAAGGAUGUAGUAACACAGCAGGUAGAAUUGAAUUUAAUCCUAUUCGUGUCCGGACUCACUUUUUGCACACAAUAAUGAAACUUGAACUCGAAAAAAACCGAGAGCAGCAAAUCCCCGCUCUGAAUGGCUGCCACGGUGAGAUAAGUGCUCACAGUAGUUCCACGGGCCCUGUCGCUCACUCUGUAGAAUAUUCGAUCACUGACAAUUUUGAGAUUGAAACUGAACCCCAGGCUGCAGUGCUGCACCUGCAGUCAGCUGAGGAAUUAGAUUGUCAAGGAGAGGAAGAGGACGACGAGGAGGAAGAGGAUGGGAGCAGUUUCUGCAGCGGAGUCACUGAUUCUAGCACACAAAGCUUGGCACCUAGUGAGUCUGACGAGGAGGAGGAAGAGGAAGAGGAGGAAGAGGAGGAUGACGAUGAUGAGAAAGGGGACAGUUUGGUGGAAGGAUUGGGUACCCAUGCUGAAGUUGUCCCUCUCCCUUCUGUCCUUUGUUAUUCUGAUGGCACUGCCAUUCAUGAAAGCCACGUGAAAAAUGCUUCUUUUUAUGCCAACUCUUCAACUCUGUAUUACCAAAUAGAUAGCCACAUUCCAGGAACUCCUAAUCAAAUCUCUGAGAACUAUUCUGAAAGAGAUACUGUCAAAAACGGUACCCUUUCGCUGGUGCCUUACACCAUGACCCCAGAACAAUUUGUGGAUUAUGCCCGACAAGCAGAAGAGGCCUAUGGUACCUCCCACUACCCAGCUGCCAACCCUUCUGUCAUUGUUUGUUGCUCCUCUUCAGAAAAUGACAGCGGUGUGCCCUGUAACAGUUUAUAUCCUGAACACAGGCCUAGUCAUCCUCAAGUGGAAUUUCACUCAUACUUGAAAGGCCCCUCCCAAGAAGGGUUUGUCUCCACAUUGAAUGGUGAUAGUCACAUUUCAGAGCAUCCUGCUGAAAAUCCUUUGAGCCUGGCAGAAAAGAGCAGAUUGCACGAGGAGUGCAUCAAAUCGCCUGUAGUUGAAACGGUCCCUGUUUAGUAGCUUAAGUUAUUCUAGGAUCAACUCUUAUCCUAUUUAAAGCAUUGUAUUUAAUUGGAUUUCCUGGGCUCCUUGUUUAAAGACCAAAAAAAAAAAAAUGGUUGCAGUGAAUCUUCUAGACUAUAUUUCAUUUUCUUUCUCCUUUCUAGCUACAUGACUGUGGCAUUGCACAAAUGCAGUCUCUGUGAGGAUUUUAAAAGAUUUCAGACUGUUUUUGAUAGAAAAUGCUAAUUAAGAAAAGCAUAUCUCACAGUUUUGCCUACCUGUCAAGCUGUGUGAAACCUGCCAACCUGUGUAGAUCAGAACUCCAAGUUUUGGAUUAUCGGGCCUGUGCAAAAUUAUUGACUAAGAAUGGAAAAUGAUAUGAGUUAGAGUACUAAUUUUCGAUAUAGCGAAGAUGAUGGUGACUUUUUAAUGUAAACGUAAUUACUGUAAGAAAAAGAUUUAAUUGUCCUAUGUGUAUUUUAUUUACGGUAGCUAGAAGUCAUGUUUUGAUGAAAAUGAACAACAGCAUGUUCUUUUAAGGUAAAGAUACAUAGUUAGUAACACCAAGCAUGCCCACAUUGAUUGCAUCUGGGAUCCAUUUACAUUUUUAUGAUCAUGACUGAUCAAAUUUGCAAAUACUUUCUUAAGGGUGAAAUAGGCCUAUUUUUGCUAUUUUGAACAAAUAAAUGAGUCUCUAUGUGCAGGUCCUUACACAGUUUUCUCUAAAGUUAAGAGUUAGGACAAUCCUCUGGUGAGGGUCUAGUUCAUUGCUCUCUCUCAGCUGACUCCAGAGAUGGAGGUAGAAGGAAUUGCCUUUCUUUUUUAAAACAGCAUCAUCUUGGUUCUUAGCCUGGACAGCACCUUUACACUCAACUCCCCUACACCAAAAUGCACUUUAGUGCCCCUUCAUGGUACCUUGUGAGGGGUGGGGACUGAGAACUCUUUGAGAUGAAAACUUUAGGGUAUUUUUUUUUAAAUCUAUAUUGUAAGGUUCAUAUAAGUAGUAAAGAGGAAUCAUCCAGUGAUAACUUUUUGAAGGAAAAGUGACCCAUUUUCUUUCGCCAUUCUGAAGACCUAACUUGGUAACAGCAGAGGAGGCUGAGGAAACAUGGAAGAGAUAAAUCCUCACUAGCCAGCUUUUUCUACGGAGUGAUCAAUUCAUCUCUACAAAAUGCGUGAUUAUGACGUUUCUAUUUUAGCUGGUUGAAGCGGGAGGGGGCUUCUGCCCAAAAACUCAAUUAGGCCUUACUUCACUGAAGCAUUUUGAUUUCACUUGCCUGGACAAUUAUCAGAACAGUCCAGAAUAUUCCUGAUUACCUCAUGUCCUCUUAUUAAAGGGGACAGAUAGAAAGACACUUCCCACCUGUGCGUUUAUCUGCACUUGGUUCAUCAGAGGACUUCAAAACUCCCAUUUUUCUGUAAAUUAAUUUAGUUAACUAAGCAGAGUGCUCUGCCUUUUUUCUUCAAUGCACUAUGACUAUGCUAAAUAUGUUUUUCAUUUUUUUCACCUUCUAUUGUUAAAUCAUUUCACAUUUUAUGCCUCUUCAAAAUAUGAACAUGCCUUGCUAUUCAGUAACUGCAUUGCUACUUUUUUUUUUUAUGUCUUUUAGACUUGGCUGUUUAGCAUUAUGGAUAUAAAUACAUUGUAGAUUUCAGUUCCUUACAAAAAUACUAUCUUAUCUGGUUGAAUGUAAAAAUGUUUGGUCUAGAGAAAGUCCUCCAAUGGAAAAGUUUCUACUAAAACUUGAUUUGGGGAAAACAGGUUUACUCGGUACCUUAUUCAUUGUAUAGUUGGUUCCUGCCUGUUCUCUUGACUAAAAAUUGCCCCACCAACAGACCAAUUUAUAACCAGUAUUAUUGACAUUAAGGAACUUUGGAUUUGUCCGUAUGGAGGUUAUAAUUAUGAAGUCAGGGCUCAUCCCUUUAAAUUAAUCCUUUGGGAUAACCAGAUUGAGGUUUUGCUCAGAUCUUAGAAGUAGGCCCCAUGUUGUCAACAAAGUCCCAGUUUUGAAAGCUUGAUCUCCAAACAUUUUCCCUACUGAUACAAUCUAAAGAGCACAGACCCAAAGAGAAAUUGACUAAAAGUUGUUCUUUCAUUCAAGCACGUGAAAGAAUAACAUGUGUCCUGUUUGCUGAUCCACUGAAGUACCUAAGUGUGAGGAACUUGGAGUUUAUGUCUUGGAAUAUGGAGUAUGAUAGUGUGAGAUGCUUGUCUCUGGCUGGCACAGAGUUGAAAGUAUAGAUAUUUAAAUUAAUCUGACUUUAUUUUCAUAAGGAAUUUUGGCAUGCAUUUAUUUAUGUUCAAUUUGGUCACCGUUUUACAACUUCAUUUCCAAAAGAACGCUUUACUGAGAAACAAGCAAAUGAAAAACCAGAGUUUGUUCCUCCAUCGCAUCUAGACUGUAAGUUACUGCCAUGGAAGUAUUAAUUUUUGAAUGAUGACAGCUUCUUCAUCCUAAUUCUUAAGCAUCUCCUCAUACACUAUAUACAUAGGUUCUGCUCGCUAUGAGUCCACUGCUCCUGUGGCUAUUUUUUUUUUUUUUUCGAUUUUUUGAAUAGGACAGAGAGAAAUUGAGUGAGGAAGGGAAGAUAGAAAGGGAGACAGACGCCUGCAGAUCUGCUUCACCACUUGUGAAGCGACACCCUCAGCCCCCUCUGCAAGUGGGGAGCCUGCUGCUCAAACUGGGAUCCUUGAGCUAUGAGAUUAACCCAGUACGCCACCGCCCAGCCCAAAUAUACAAAAAUUCUUAUCCCUCCUCCCAUAUGCCACAUGUAUAUACAAGUAGGUAUGUGCACAAUACUGGGGAGUGGCAGAUUUCACACAAUGGGUGGUAGUAAAUUUCUCCUACACAAGAGUCUUAUUUGAGUUUGUAAUACACAAAUAUUACUAGAAAAGAGGCCAAUUAUUAAAACCGGUGCUUGAAAAUACUGGGCCAGUUACAAAUAAUAUUAAUGAUGGAUGGAAUCAUUUCGUUAUUACUUCCUUUCCCAGAAAAGCUGGAACAGCACAGUGUUCCUUCUGAAAUCUGCCCUAUUAAUAGUCAUCACGAAAGGCUUUUUACACAUCAGGAAAACGCUGUAUUUUUUUUUUCUAAGCCUUUAAAAAUGGGAAUGAAGUACGACUACUUAUAUCCGGACAGAAUAACCUGACCAACAGCUGUUGUAUUUCCUCUAACACAUCUGACUGACUGACUUUUCACUGUAAAUGGCAAAGUUUCUUGUUCUAGUCUCUGUUGUUUUAGCACCAGCCCUGUGCUAGUUAUAAUCCUGGCCAAAUCUAUUUGUAAGUCAAGAGGCUGGGAGCAGCUCGCAUCUCCUUUGCAUUCUAGGUUUCCUUUGGGAGAAAGAAAUCAAUGAAAGAGAAUUAAUUAAGUUGUUUUUCUCCAUCUUUUGAUCAUUGAUUAUUAACAUAAGUACAAUCCAAUUGUCUCCUGUCUUUUGAUUAAUUGAAUAAUGUAGUUAUUAUUUAAACAGCCAACUUUUUUCUUUUUGUAGAAACUAUCCUGUUCCCAGUGUGCCAGAGACAUAUGAAGUGUGAAUGCCAUAUCUAUUAGACCAAUACAAUCUUCAUAAUUAUAUACAGUCCCAGAGUAUCCCCAAAUUACAAAAACACAGACCAUAAAGUAAUCAAGAAGUGAGAGAGAUUAUAUUAUGUGAUCAAGUACCAAUUCUCUCAACAGCUAUUUGUCCUAAGUGGUGGAAUGGGAGGGGAAGGUACCAGAAAUUCUUUUUUUUUUUUUUUUGCCUCCAGGGUUAUCUCUGGGGCUCGGUGCCAGCACUAUGGAUAUACUGCUCCUGGAGGCUAUUUUUCUCAUUUUGUUGCCCUUGUUGAGGUUAGAAAUUCUAAGAAAUGGUGAUGAUGGAGAAUGGCAUGAAAAAUUCAAUCAAGCCUCAUAAUAUGAUUUUAGAAAAAUGAUACCAAUUCUUGUCCACUUAAAUAAAAACUACAAAUGAAAGAGUACCUCUUUGCUCUAAAUAAAUGGAGUUCACUGAAUUCUCCUUUUCUCUCCUCCAUCUGAAAUUUACUAAUUAAGUCUGCACUUGGGUAGAACUGAUUGAAUGAAAAAGAGACUUUCAGCUAGUUGCAUCUUUAAUAUUAGAUGUAUUAAAUGAAGUGAGGCUUUUGUCAGCAGACUUCUACCAAAUAGUUUCUAAACCAGAUUGAACUCAAACUUGACCCAGAAAACCUUUGAAACAACUCUGUGGGACAGUCUCUCUUACUUUUCUUUAUAAACAAUUUAUCAAGAAAAUCCUAGUUCUAAAUUACAAAGGCCUGACCUCGUUUCAGAUAGAAGACAGAAUCUAUUCAGUGACCUCACUUUUAUCUGGGGUUACAAAUUAUGAAAUUUGCAGGUGGAUGCAUGGCAUCCUCAGAAGCCAACCAAGAGACUGUCUUUAACAAAAAUAAUCACACAAAUUUUCUAUUUUUUUCAAAUAAGACUAAAUCUCUUUAAAAUGGAAAUUAUUCCUUAUUCUCUCACACAGAGCAAUCAGGGUUAUUGUUACAAGUAUAAAAAAUACCAACCUUAAAUUGGAAGCACCUUCAUACAUUCACAGGCAAGACUUGACUGGUGUGCAUCUGGAUGUACUUGUUCUAUCUUUACUAGGACCAACACCAAAAGUUUAAAGCCUUAAUCACUCGUAGGUGUAACAUAAAUGUACCACUUCUGAUUACAUUAUGCUUUCUUUGAUCUGUUAAAUUAUGUGCAAGGUAGCUAAAAGGCCUAAGCCAAAACUACAGAUUUACACAAAAACAGUAUCGCUCAUCAUGUUUCCUAUAACAUUAAAGUAUUUAAUUGACUUCAUUUAACUGAAUAUCAGAAAUUCAGAAAGUUAGAACUGUGGAAGGGCCAGUGAGAGGAGAAUGGAAUAUAAGCUUAAGUGGUGGUGUUCCUUACAAUCCAUAAUGUUGUAGCAGAAUUGGACAACUAGAAUUGUAUUAGGCUACAAAAACUAGAUUCGCAGAUGGCAGUCUGAAGCCUAGACAGGGAAGCUGCAAAGUGAGUAUUCUCUAGGCCAUACAUUUUAAUAUCUAAAAGCUAAUUUGAUGCUUCAGAAUUUAAACGAAAAUGCAUAGCUGCAACCUAUAAGAUUCAAACACAAUUUUCAUUAAAAAUGACUUGCCAAAAGUAAUGAAUGUGGAAAUAGAAGAGUUCUUUUCAAAUAUUUUAUUUGCCAAAUCUCUAUCAUGAAUAUGAUUCUUUCAAAGAGUCACCAAAAGUUUUACUUCAACUCAUAACUUUCAAGUUAGACCACAAAACUCCUUCCUAACCAAUGCAGAUGUUUUGCUUCUGCCUUAUCAGAAAUUCAAGCUCAAAUGCUUGGUAUGACCUGGAUUUUACUGGGCAACUAGUCUUGCACCCCAUUACAUGCUUUCCAUGAAGUAAAUAACAUGCCUCAGUUUCAUUUCCUGAAUGAAAGGAAGCAGUAAGGUGCAUACAAGUGAAUUCAAUGCCUGAACCAAUUCAUUUUUAUAUACAAUUUUAGUCUCAUUAGCAUAUCCUCUGCAAUUGUAGUGAAAACAGACACUUGCUACCUUUGUGGGAAAUGAAGUAAUUUCAACAAUUUAAGUCACACUGUUGACUUACAGGUGGUGAAUAUUUCACAUUUCAGGAUAAUUGAUUUUUUUUAUUUAUAAAAAGGAAACAUUGACUAAACCAUAGGAUGAUAAUUGAUUUUUUUAUUCAACACUUAACACUUGUUUUUAACUCAAUAAAAGUCAUCUCUUGUGUGUCAUUUAAUUUUGCCAUAUAAAAGUCUUAGCAGAACUAAUGUUUUGAAGGAAUAUGAUAGGAUUUGUUUUGGACAGUAUUAAUAUUCAAUCUCCUGGUGAUGUUUUUCCUUUCUCUGUAGUACUCAUCACCACAGUGAUAGUCAGGUAAGUCCACUGGCUCAUUGUAGUGACAUGAGAAGUUAUUGAAAUAUUACAAUAAUGUGUAUUGAUUAGAGGGAUUUAGAAGAAGGUACAUUUAUGGUAGAGAUUGGCAUUGCUUUUUUCUACAUUAUUUUAUGUGACCUGAUGAAAUUAUUUUAGUUGUAGUUUUGGAAUAGCUUCAUUGUUAAGCAUCCCUUUAUUCUGUUUUUAACUUCUUUCCAAUAUUUCUUCUGGCUCGGGAAUAUCUUAAUAUUUAAUAAUCAGUGCUUGAGAGGAACCUGAUUUAAAAAUAUUUCAUUGAAAAUUGUAAGAUUUUUCUAUCACCAGAUAAUCUGUAUCUACUUCUGCUCCUGUACUCAGUGAGAGCAGAAAUAAUCCUACCUAUAGGGUGGCCUCAAAUUGGGUUUGGGUUUCUACUGCUAUUUCUGCAUAGGAAACAAAUAAAAAGUGAUGGUGAAAUUUCAACUUUAUAGCAUACGUUAUCCAAUUUUGUUUUCUUCAUUUUUAUUUUGACCACCAAACUUUUCUCCCUAACCAUAAACAAAAAUGUCCAUCGCUGCAACAACUUCAAAUAUCUUUAUGCUCUUUUGAAGCUGUACUUAAAUGAGAGGGAAGAAAUAGUGUAAACUACCUGAUUUUUUUUUUUCUAAUUACUAUGAUUGCUAGAUGGUCUAGCGCUUCAGCAAUGAUACUAAAACUUGAUACACUUAAAAAUUUGGUAACUGGAAAAGUCACUUUCUUUGUAUCACAAUCAAAGGAGCCACUGUCAAAGGUUAUUGUCUGAAUCUUGAUUUAUUAGGCACUAGUCAUGCCAAAUGGUUAUCUCUGAAAGGUUUUAUCUUUUCAGAGAUACUAACAAUGGCCUACUGUGAAGGAAUAAUGGGAAGUUUGAAACUCUUCUGUAUUCUUCAACAUUUUUGGUCUUGAGACUAGACGAGAUCUCCAAAGGUCAUCUGACUCAUCCAUCUACCUCCAGGGUGGACUGUCAUUCAGGCAUGCCCAACAGGAUAGAUACCCAUCUAUUCUUAACAUCACUGGGGAAGACCAUUUCCCUGGCAACGCAAUCCAGUUCUCUUUGGGCGUCUCAGAGUAAGAAAAUAUCUUGGCCAGUCUUUGUGGACUAGGCACCUGGCAACAGUUGUGGUCAUUUAGGCCAUUAUACUGAGAAUCUCAAAGGGAGUUGAGUUUUCCUUAUCUUUGGGGAUUAUUAAACUUGAUGAUUCCUUAAGUCUCCUAGGAAGUCUCAUUUUAAAAAUGUGGAUAUUGAGACAAUGUUCAGUAAUGUGACUUGGUUUUGAUAAGCAUAGCACUAGUUGUUUUUUAAUUUAUUUUUGUUAAUUUUAUGAUUACCAUGGUCUCAGGAGGUAAUGACAAGAAAAGUGAUUGUUUCAGAGCCCUGGUGACAAACAUUAAAACCAGGAUCCAGUGACUAUUCAAUUUUCUGAGAAGUUACAUGGUGUGUGGGGGGUAGUGGGGGGGGGGGGUUGAACAUUUUCUACCUUGUUGCUUUUAUUAAUCUUUUAUUAAAUUCUCACUUUUAUUAAUCUCCCUUAAAGCCUAAAGUGACAGCAUUUGAAUCUCAACUUUUUCUACUCCUUAUGGAAAACAUGUGGUGGUGGGUUGUGGAAAGUCAGAAGUGAAAUCAGAUGCCUCCGGAGAAUUAUUCAACCGCUAUUUUAUCCCACUCUUUCUCCCCAUGUUACUUAGGCAAUGGCUGCUUGCCUUCUCAGGGAUCAGCAAAAUGUUUUAAAUUUUGUCAUCUUGACAAGACCUGAAAACAAAGGGAGGGGUGGGGAAAGAUAGUUUUGUUUUUGUUUGUUUGUUUUUUCCUGACUAUAUCGCUUGACCCAAACACCCACUACAAUUUACAGAGCAAUUCCUGGUUGCUUAGAGUCACUUCCAACUCAGAAUCAGAAUUAACUGGAAGAUAAGAAGACUCCCCAAAUUCUAUGUUUCCAUUCUCCAUGGGGGAUUGCUUUUCAAUUUAUAUACGGCCUCUUAUCUCACCAAUUUGGAUGCUUUUGUGAAAUGACAACCCCGCAGUGUGAUUGCUCCCCACAGAUAACUCUAGGGGAAUAACUUUUAAUUAUAUAUAUAUAUAAAAAAAGAAACCAUAGAGUGCUUAUGUCAAGGAUGUGCAUAAUUUGGCCCAUUUUAAUUGACUCUAGCCACUUCUAUGAAAGUAAGUCUGAGGUAUAGUUUGUGAAACAUGUUUCAAAAGUGUUUGAUGUAUAAUAAAUGCUAGAAAUUUACAGUACAGACAUAGUUGAAAAAAUUAAAAACCUGUAGAUUACAGCUCUUUCUAACAACCUCAGCAUUUGUGUCUUAGUACAGUUAUCUGCUUUCAUUUUAGUUUAUUGCAUUUCUGGUAUAAUAGCCUUUUAAGAUAGAACUAUUUAUACAUAUGUACUGGUUAAUGCCUGUUAAUGCAGAAAUGGCAGUUUUUCAUUUCAAUGUGUUUCCCUCAGUGUCACAGGGUAUGCCAGUUUGAUAAGAAAAAAAUUAUUAAACAUAGCUCAGAAAUUCAUUUUCCUCAUAAAAAAAUAUACAAUUUGGUUAUAUGAGCAGAUGUUACCUUUUGCAGUAUCUUCCUCUGGAUCAUAGUCUUAUACAUCAACUGUGUCUUCACUUUCCAGCUGCCAUAGAAAUUUGGUGUAUUUGCAAAUUCGGGUAAAAACUAGUGAACUGAAUGUAAUGAUAAAUGAAAGGGUCCAAGGGAUCCAGAGGACUUGGGUGUUAUCCUUUAGUAUAUAUUGAACCAUUUAGACAUUGGGAAUGGUAUUUACACAAGGGAAGUUUUGUUGUUUUUUUUUUAGAGUAAUUGUUUAUCUGUUGUUUUUUUUUUUCUUUCUUACUUGCACAAAAGGUCAUUAAAAAAAAAACCUGAGAUAAUUUCACCGUAAAGUUUUUUGACGUUGUGAUUAGUUUUCUCCUUCAGUUGAUUUUUGUUAUUUUACUCAUUUUUAACGGUAUUUCAAUGGUACUCUAUUAUUGUUAGAGUCUAGCUAGUCACUUAGAAAUGUCGAAAAGGAAGAAAUAGAACUAUGUAUGUAAUUCAUACAUACAUUCACUUUCCACUGAGACAUCACUGUUGUAUGUCACACAGUUUCUAGAUUGAUUUCUCUUGUGUAUAAGUUAUAACAUUGAAAAUGCCAAAGGGUAUAAGAAUAAGCUACAAUAAUAUUCAACAGAACUUAACCUGGACCUUAUGUUGUAAUAAUUUAUUCAUAUUAGUUGUAGUCUUCUGUAUUUAUAUUUUCAGUAUUUAUUAUGGAUGACAUGGAAAUUUGUGUAUUUAUUGUGGCUUUCUAUUGCAGCUUGUACAUAUAUAUAUAUCACAAGCAUUUUUAAGUCUUUAAGUUUAUUUUACUAGUGGCACUGUAUUAUGCUGUACUUUUUAUUAUAUAUUGUACAAUAUCUUGUCCAUUUGUUUGCAGCAGAGUAAAACUGGUUUCUAAGUUG